UGGGGGGUUGAGAAGAAUCUGUUGCUUCUGGAGUUGAGUAGGAGUGAGCAGGCUAUAAAAGUAGAAGACCGCUCCGAGCAGAGAGAAGGUAGCCACAGGUAGCCGGUGAAAGCGGACGGACACACGGUCAGAGAACAGCCCAUCCAGAAGCUCAGGCGACCACAGAAGCGAGCGAGAGGAAGUGAACUGCCCAAGCAGCGGGACACAGCUGGAAGCGUGCCACCGGCCAGCACAGAGAUGCUACUACGUCUGAUCUUUUCCCACCUGUUGGGAGCCUGGCUGCUUCUGAGUUUCUUUCCCCGAGAACUCAGAGCCGAAGAAAACGAAGACUCCCCGAUUCAGCUGUGCGGUCGCGACUUUAUCCGGGCGUUGAUCUUCAUCUGCGGAGCGUCCCGCUGGAAGAGGGUUUCCAUGGUACAGGAGGAGGAGCCCAAGCAGCUGUUUGACUCCCAGAGUAACGAGUUCAUUCAUGGUCGGAAAGAGGGGCCGAUUCCUCAGUUGAACCGACAGGAUCGCACUGAAGACUUGAUCCCCAAUAUGGAGAAAUUCCUGAUAGGUUUUGAUGAUUUCAAGGAAGCUAUUGAGAAAAGCAAAAAUGAAAUCAAAACCACCUCCCCUCUGAAGCAAUAUGAGUUGAUGUGGGGCACACAUUCUCGGAAGAAGAGAGAUGAAACCAGUGGCCUAGCAUAUAAUUGUUGUCAUGCGACUUGUACCAAAAAGGAAAUUGCUGGUUUGUGCUGAGAGGAAGACAACUGAAUGUCUCUACUUUAGAUAUGUAUUCUCAAUGCCAACUACACUGAUACUCUAGGGAGGCACAACAUCUUGGAUUAACAUGAAAAAUCACUUUAAUUACUUUGCCUUUUUUUCUUUUUCCUAUGAUCUGCAAAAAUAUAGCAGAUAGUGAGUGAAGCUCUUUUUUUUGUUGUUAAUCUCUUAAAAUAAACUGUCCUUUCUCUUCUACUACUAUCAGAGCUACAUGAAUUGCCUUUUCAUUUUAUUGCUAUCAUUUUAUUGUAGUAAAUAAAGUAUUUAUCACUUCAACCAAAGUUUGUAAACUCAUUUUACAUAAAACCUAAUCUCAUGCCAUGCACUGAUAAUAGUUUUUAAUGCCAUAAUCUUCCUAGGUCAUGUCUAGAUAGAAAAAGUGAACUUGAGAUUUUUUUUCAGUCAAUUCAGUGUUUUUGACUGCUGUAAUUAAAUAUUUCUGGGGAGUCCAUCUGAUGGGUUAUGGAGAUGAUUCAGUUUAAACACUAGAUAGCCCCAAAUAUGAAUUCAGUUUCUCAGAGAAAGUCUCAUGUUUCAAAUAUAUUAAGAACUUUUGUCAGUCUAUAAGAAUAUGAAUCAUUCUCCAGUUGAUAAAUGGUCAA